AAAGACCUGCCGUUGGCCAGCGUCUGCGGGCCGGUCCCAGCCUUCAGAUCCCAGAGCGAGGCCCGGCGUGCAGCCUCCCGGCCCGCGUCCCCACCGUGCGCAGCAGCCUGCUCCACGCCCAGUCAGCCCGGCCUCGCCCGCUCCACUGCGGGACCCGCUGCGCGGCUCGACCCCCCUCUCGCUGAGCCCUGGGCGAAGCUGGGCAACCGCGUGCACCCCUCUGCAGCCUCCCCUGACCUCACCAAGUGCAGGAUGUUGCUGCUAAGGGGAGUCCUCGUGGCUGUGCAAGCCCUGCAGCUGGUAGGCGCCCUGGACCUGCCCGCGGGCUCCUGUGCCUUUGAAGAGAACACUUGUGGCUUUGACUCAGAGUUGGCCUCCCAGCCCUGGAUGCUGAAUGAGGAAGGCCAUUAUAUUUAUGUAGACACCUCCUUUGCCAAGCAGGGGGAGAAAGCCGUGCUGGUAAGUUCUGACUUACAGGCUGAGGAAUGGAGCUGCCUUCGAUUGGUCUACCAGAUAACUACUUCUGAGGGGUCUCCAUCAAAUCCUAGCCAGCUCAACCUCUAUGUGAGAUUUGAAGAUGAAAGCUUUGAUCGUUUGCUUUGGUCAACUAAGGAAACUUCAGACAGCUGGCUCAUAACCAGCCUGGAUUUGCAAAGCAGUCCUAAGAAAUUCAAGAUUUUAAUAGAGGGUGUGCUAGGACAAGGAGCCACAACCAGCAUCGCCCUCUUUGAAAUCAAGAUGACAGCUGACUACUGUAUUGAAUGUGAUUUUGAGGAAAAUCAUCUCUGUGGUUUCGUGAAUCGCUGGAACCCCAAUGUGAACUGGUUUGUUGGAGGAGGAAAUAUUCGGAAUUCACAUUCCAUUCUCCCUCAUGAUCACACCUUCAAGAGUGAGCUGGGCCAUUACAUGUAUGUGGACUCCGUUUAUGUCAAGCACUUCCAGGAGGUUGCGCAGCUUAUCUCCCCGAUGACCACAGCCCCCAUGUCCGGCUGUCUGUCCUUCUACUACCAGCUCCAGCAGGGGAACGACAAUGCCUUCUCUCUUUACACUCGAGAUGUGACUGGCCUCUAUGAGGAGAUCUGGAAAAUGGACAGUCCAGGGAACACUGUCUGGAACCUUGCCGAGGUCGAGUUCAGUGCCCCAUAUCCCAUGGAGGUGAUUUUUGAAGUGGCAUUUAAUGGUCCCAAAGGAGGAUAUGUUGCCCUGGAUGAUAUUUCUUUCUCACCUGUACACUGCCAAAAUCAGAGUGAGCUUUCUUUUAGUACCUUGGAAGCAAGCUGCGAUUUUGAGGAAGAUUUCUGCAACUUCUACCAAGACAAAGAAGGACCGGGCUGGACCCGAGUGCAAGGAAAGCCAAACAUCUAUCGGGCUGGGGAUCAUACUUCUGGUUUAGGGUAUUAUUUGUUGGCCAACACGAAGUUGACAUCUCAGCCUGGCUAUAUGGGAAGACUCUAUGGCCCCUCCCUUCCAGGCAACUUACCAUAUUGCUUACGUUUUUACUACGCCAUCUAUGGGUUUUUUAAAAUGAAUGACACCUUAACAGUUUACCUCUUUGAAGAGAACCACGUGAUUCAAGAGAAGAUCUGGUCUGUGCAGGAAUCCCCCAGGGGCAUUUGGCUGCGAGCUGAAAUCACAUUUCAGAAGCCCAUGUCUGCCAAGGUCGUUUUCUUGAGCCUGUGCAAAAGUUUUUGGGACUGUGGACUUGUUGCUCUGGACGACAUUACAAUAGAGUUGGGAAGCUGCUCAGCUGCAGAGAAGUUUCCACCUCCACCUGGUGCAUGCACUUUUGAACAAGAUGAAUGUGCAUUUACUCAAGAGAGAAGAAACCGAAGCAGCUGGUACAGGAGGAGAGGAGAAACGCCCACCUCCUACACAGGCCCGAAGGGAGAUCACACUACUGGGGUAGGUUAUUACAUGUACAUUGAGGCCUCCCACAUGGUACAUGGGCAGAGAGCUCGUCUGCUCUCCAGGCCUCUGAGAGGAGUCCCCGGGAAACACUGCUUGGCCUUUUUCUACCACAUGUACGGAGCGGGGACAGGCCUGCUGAGUGUAUAUUUGAAAAAAGAAGGUGACCAUGAAGAGACUCUCUUAUGGAGAAGGAGAGGGGAGCAAAGCAUUUCCUGGCUCCGAGGUCUGGUGGAAUAUAGCUGUGAGAGACCACACCAGAUAAUUUUUGAAGCCAUUAGGGGAGUGUCAAUAAGAAGUGAUAUUGCCAUUGAUGAUGUUAAAUUCCAAGCAGGAUCUUGUGCAGAAAUGGAAGACGUAGCUCCACAGUCAUCAGGAUAUUCUGAGGAUGUAAAUGAAAUUGAGUACUAAGAAAUUAUCUGAUUUGGGUGACUUGCACAAAAAGCCGUACCUCUUGUCAAUCCAAACGAAAGCAAGACAAGUUGCUACAGGACAGUCUUCACCAAUUCAUGCAUUAUGAAAGGACUUCAGAGCACUCUUCCUCAUUAGUUUUGCAAAACAUAUUGACUCAGGGCUUUUUUCCUCCCCUUUUUGCAAAUGACAACUGUUACUCCAAGUACAGGCUGCUGAUUUUUCAGAGAUUAUUCAUCUUAAUUUUGGUUCCAGUGAAAGCAACAAAUGUACUACUAUAUUUUAAGGUUUGCAAAGAAAGGGCACAGUCAAGAUGAAAUGUGCUCACUUAAGUCUGCAUUCAGUGAAUGUAUUGAGAAUAGAAUCGGUCUUGCGGGUUUCCAUUUGAGUGUCACAUAUCGUAAAUAUGUUUAAAGCAAUAAUGUGAGGUGCCAGUAAGAUCUGCAGGAUGAAUGCAGUUUUUUCAAGAUGGCAAGUUAGUCUAAGAAAAUAAAUUUUCUAUGUUUUAUUCAUAGAAAUUGAGUGUUAAUUAAAAUUUUUUUUUUUUUACCAUAUGUGAUAGCAAAGGAUCUUUGAUCAGGGUAAAACAGGAGUAAUUACUGCUCUAUUAUGAAGCAAUGCUGCCUUCUUUUUUCCCCAUUUGACUACUUUUGAAACUCACUAUGAUCAUAUGGAUAGAAACUGCACUUUUUUUUAAUAAGGCAAGCUUUAGUAUAUAUAUAUAUAUAUGUAUCCAUCCUCAAAAACAAUUUUGCAGAUUAUUUUAAUAAGUGUUUUGGUGAGGUCUCAAACAAUAUGAAUUCAAGACACAUGAAACUACUGCUUUUUAUUUACAAGUUUAGGAAACUGUGUAUCCGUGCUUGCAUAUCUGAGCAGGUAUCGUGAAACUAUAAAGUUAGCUAAUAAAAGAUCAUUUGAAACAUUGGUCAACAGCA